AUGGAACCACUCUUAGAUCCACUGCGCGACCGAGCCGUGCAAGAUCUUGUCCCUCCGCCUCACCGAGCGCUGGAUAGAGUAAAGCUUUAUCCUAGAGGGAUUGCAAACCCUCCUGAUUGGAUCGUGCUAAGGGACCAUCUGCAAGGAGAAGGCAGAAUUUCGAAACAGGAUUGCUUACUGUUGAUAAGGCAGGCAUCUGAUGUGUUUAGAAGGGAAAGAAACUUAUUAGAACUCAAAGACCCAGUUACGGUGGUUGGGGAUAUUCAUGGCCAGUAUUAUGACUUAUUGAGGCUGCUUGAACUGGGUGGAGAUCCAAAUCGAACUAAGUAUUUGUUUUUAGGAGACUAUGUAGAUAGAGGCUCUUUUUCAAUUGAAGUCACACUCUUGUUGUAUGCGGUCAAACUUAAUUUUCCUCAAACUGUUUAUAUGCUAACUUCACGAGUAAAACUACUAGAAAAAUCCCUAUUUUUUUUUGCCCAAAAACCCACCCUCCGUGAGAGAGAACAAAAAUAAAAAAUUUUUAUGAAAAAAAAUUUUGAUAUAUAAUGAUGAUUAGAUUAAGAUUUAAUUUAUGCCGUUCGCACUUGCAGGGCGGGGGAUUUGCACCCCUACACGCUCAUCAUCCUUGAGGGAUCCUGACGGACACCCUUCCUUGUUGCCGCAAACCAGGGAUUCGCGCACCAGUCUUGGCUUCCAUGACUCCUGGAGUCUAAGGGCCAAUUACCUGGGUCGAAACUCCCAGUUUCUCGUUAGGCAAAUGACGUCUUCAGGGUCUGAGGGCCAUACCCGUCAGGCAUUGGCCGACCUUGCCCUUUCCAAUAGUUGUUCUGGAGGAAAAACUCUAAGUCCAGGGAUUAGCUCCCUGGGCCCGAGGGAAAAUCCAGCCCGAUAAUACAUAAAGGAUUACCAGCCCCUUUCCACUUAAAUCUCCAACACUGGGCCGUUGCCUGCUGCUGUUGAAGAAAUAGGGUCGAGAGGUCGGGUGGUUCGUCAUCACCAUUUUUAUGUAUAUAUAUAUAUAUAAAUGAUAAUUAUUGUAACGAUGUCUCUAGCUAAUUCUGAUUGCGUUUUAAAAUAUAAAUUUCACAAAUUAAAUUAAUUUUUGUUUUUCGAUUUUUCCAAAUUGGAAUUUUUUUAAAUUUUGAAAAAUUAACCCCUCGGUUAGCGAACAAAUCUUUUUGUUCGUUCACGGAGGGGGGAGUAAGAGGAAACCAUGAAUGCAGGCAGAUGACAUCAUUUUUUAACUUCAGAGAAGAAACGCUUUACAAAUUUGACACUGAAACAUAUGAUGCAAUCAUGGAAAGUUUUGACUCACUGCCUUUGGCUUGUAUAGUUAAUAAUAAAUUUUUAGCUGUUCACGGAGGGAUCUCUCCAGAACUGAUGACUUUGGAAGACAUUUCCAGGCUCAGCCGUUUUCAAGAGCCACCAAGACAAGGACUUUAUUGUGACAUCCUUUGAAGCGAUCCAGUUGAUAGCGACACAGGAAGUUGUCCAGAAAAAUAUAGAGUCAACACUGUAAGAGGGUGCAGUUUCUAUUUUGGCUUGUCAGCAGCUAAUGGAUUUCUAAAAAAAAACAGGCUGCUUUCCAUCCUCAGAGCACACGAAGCACAGCUAGAUGGCUAUAAAAUGCAUAGAUGGAGUGGUACCUCAGAAUUCCCCUGCGUCAUUACAGUAUUUUCAGCUCCAAACUACUGCGACGUUUACAACAAUAAAGGUGCGAUUCUUAAAUUUGACAACAAUACACUCAAUAUCCAGCAGUUCAACUAUACGGCCCAUCCUUACAUUCUUCCAAAUUUCAUGGGCCUGUUUGAGUGGAGUAUUCCUUUUGUAAUAGAAAAAGUAUUGGAGAUGAUUAAAACUGUGAUCAAGCCUGACAUUGCUGACUCAAAGCGUGGAGUCGAGGUAGGGUCACAAGUGAAGAAGCUUCAAGAAGAUGUCAGAGAAGCCAAAGUCGAAAUUUUCAGAAACAAAGUGAAGGCAGUGACGAAGAUGAUCAAGAUGUUUAAGACCUUGAGAGAUUAGAUUAGAUUAAAAUUAUAGCGGGUCUUAGGGGUUUAUUUCAGCCCCUCGCUGUCCAACGGAUAGCUUCGCAUUGACGCUAAGCGCUAUCCUCACACCACCUUUUUCUCUUCUGAUGUCCCCAAAAAAUGGUGACGUCGAAGGUCUAUCGGGGAAGACACCCUACUGAGCAGAACCAACGGUCUCCAAAAUUCAGCAAAAGACUCCUUCAACCUCUGACAGGGCUCAGAGUAUAGGGAAAUCGCCUUUUGAUGGCCUGUCAGAGCCUUAUCGCAGGCUCGGAAAUGCUCCCAUGGAGUGUUAUCGGGACUUUGCGCUGGUAGGGUCAUCUCGUAUGUAAGGAAAAAAGACCAGGGUCAGCCCCUAGGUCAAAAACCCACCCGGAGAACUAUCGCCAUGUGGCUCGCCUUUCUUGGGCCUGGAUCAACUCGCAGGUCACCGGGAGUCCACGUCAGAUCACGCCAUUUUAAAUAAUUCUGCCUAGAGAGAAGAAAAAGAAAUUAUUAUGCAAUUAAAAGGCUUAUGCCCUGACAAUAAAGUGCCUAGAGGACUAUUGCAGCAGGGAAGAGAAGCAAUUUUAGGAGCAGUUGAUUCGUUUUCUACAGCAAAGACGUGGGAUAUAAUAAAUGAAAAGAGACCUGAUUAG